AUGGAGAGAACAAAGUCGAGAAAGCCUCAUGCCAUGAUGAUACCAUACCCACUUCAAGGCCAUGUCAUACCUUUUGUCCACUUAGCCAUCAAACUCGCUUCUCAUGGCUUCACCAUCACUUUCGUUAACACCGAAUCCAUCCACCACCACAUCUCCACCGCACACAACGGUGACGCCGGAGACAUCUUCUCCACCUCCCGGACCUCCGGCCAGCUCGACAUACGUUACGUCACCGUGACCGACGGCUUUCCUUUGAGUUUUGACCGGUCGCUUAACCAUGACCAAUUCUUCGAAGGCAUUCUCCACGUCUUCCCUGCCCACGUCGAUGAUCUCAUCGCCAAACUCUCCCGCCGGAAUGAUGAUCCUCCGGUGACUUGCUUGAUCGCCGACACUUUUUACGUUUGGUCAUCUAUGAUUUGCGAGAAGCACAACCUCGUCAAUGUCUCCUUUUGGACCGAACCUGCUUUGGUCCUCAAUCUCUACUAUCACAUGGAUCUCCUCAUAUCCAACGGUCAUUUCAAAUCUCUUGAUAAUCGUGAAGACGUGAUAGAUUACGUACCAGGGGUUAAAGCAAUAGACCCAAAAGACUUGAUGUCAUAUCUCCAAGCGAGCGAGAGAGACGUAGACACAAACACAGUGGUCUACAGAAUACUAUCCAAGGCCUUCAAAGACGUCAAGAAAGCUGACUUCGUCUUAUGCAACACGGUACAAGAACUCGAACCAGACUCUCUCUCGGCUCUACAAGGCAAACAACCGGUUUACGCUAUCGGUCCGGUUUUCUCAACCCAGUCGAUCGUCCCCACGAGCCUGUGGGCUGAGUCAGAUUGUACCGAGUGGCUCAAGGGUCGUCCCACCGGGUCAGUCCUCUACGUCUCGUUUGGUAGCUAUGCGCAUGUUGGUAAGAAGGAGAUCGUUGAGAUAGCCCAUGGGCUUUUGCUAAGUAGGCUUAGUUUCAUUUGGGUUUUACGUCCGGAUAUAGUUGGUUCUGACGUACCGGAUUUUCUUCCGGCCGGGUUUAUGGACCGGAUUAAAGGUCAAGGCCUUGUGGUACAGUGGUGUUGUCAAAUGGAAGUAAUCUCAAACCAAGCCAUUGGAGGGUUUUUGACACAUUGUGGAUGGAAUUCGAUUCUAGAGAGUGUUUGGUGCGGUUUACCGUUGCUGUGUUAUCCGCUUUUGACCGAUCAGUUCACUAACCGGAAACUUGUGGUCGAUGACUGGCGUAUUGGGAUUAACCUUUGCGAGAGACAGAUGGACACAACAAGGGACGAAGUCUCGGUGAAUGUUAGAAAGUUGAUGAACGGAGAAACUUCGAGUGAGCUGAGAAGUAACGUUGAGAAGGUUAAAUGUCAUCUAAAAGAUGCGAUUACAACGGUUGGUUCUUCAGAGACGAAUUUUAACUCGUUCCUUGGUUUGGUCCGGGACAAAAUAGCAACUAAAUUGUGUAACGUAAAUGGGAUAGAAAUAAGUUGA